CUCUGUGUUUAGGGAAGCUUGGGGCUCUGCUCCUUUUACUGCAAGAGAGCCUGAACUCAAUUAGUGCAGUUUUUUGAAGCAUGGCCUGAGGGAUCCGGUCACUAUCAAGUCAAACUACAAACAGUGAAAGGUUGCUACUAUUGCCAAAUAGAUUAGAGCUGGAGCAAAUGGUUUCAGGAUACGUGCUUUGUGCUAACAGCUUUCAAGAAAUAUCUUGAUUACGGCUUUCAGGCCUAGAAGAAAAUUCUGAAGAUAUCAAAGCUACACACAAGGAACACGUCAUUUAGCACCUUCACUUUUUGAUCCCUAUACCAGACAAUGAGAAGUCACGUCGUAACAAUGCCAACCACUAUGGCCUACAGCUGGCCUUGCUCCUCCCAGGGAGUGAACUUUACCGCUAAUCACAGCAUCCAAACGCCACACACCGUCUCAAGAUCACCAAAUGCUACUAGCUGUGUCAUGGAUGAGAAACUGCUCUCUAGUGUGUUAACAGCAUCCUUCUCGGUUAUUUUCAUCGUGGGACUGGUCGGAAACAUAAUCGCCCUCUAUGUAUUUCUGGGUAUCCACCGCAAAAGAAAUUCCAUUCAGAUUUACCUACUGAAUGUAGCCAUUGCAGAUCUCUUACUGAUCUUCUGCUUGCCUUUCCGCAUAAUGUAUCACAUUAACCAGAACAAGUGGACACUUGGAGUGAUCUUUUGCAAGGCUGUGGGAACACUAUUUUAUAUGAACAUGUACAUUAGCAUUAUUUUGCUUGGAUUCAUCAGUUUGGAUCGCUACAUAAAAAUCAAUCGGUCUAUACAACAACGGAAGGCAGUAACAACCAAACAAAGUAUUUAUGUUUGCUGUGUAGUAUGGACAGUUGCUCUUGCUGGAUUUCUAACUAUGAUUAUUUUAACCCCUAAGAAAGGCCAUAAUAUCAAUAAUUCCACAAUGUGUUUCCAUUAUAGAGAGAAGACGGAGGGAGAAGCAAUUUUUAACCUCAUUCUUGUGGUAAUGUUCUGGCUAAUUUUCUUACUAAUAAUCCUUUCGUAUAUUAAGAUCGGCAAGAAUCUACUGAGGAUUUCUAAAAGGAGGUCAAAAUUUCCCAAUUCUGGGAAAUAUGCCACUACAGCUCGGAAUUCCUUUAUUGUACUCAUCAUUUUUACUAUAUGUUUUGUUCCCUAUCAUGCCUUCCGAUUUGUCUAUAUUUUUUCACAGCUGAACAAUCCACCUUGCUAUUGGAAGGAAAUCAUUCACAAAACCAAUGAGAUCAUGCUGGUUUUCUCAUCUUUCAAUAGCUGCUUAGACCCAGUCAUGUAUUUCCUGAUGUCCAGUAACAUCCGCAAAAUAAUGUGCCAGCUUCUUUCUAGACGCUUUCAAGGGGAAGCAAGCAGAAGUGAAAGCACGUCAGAAUUUAAACCAGGGUACUCCCUGCAUGAUACAUCCGCUGCAGCUAAAAUUCAGUCUCCUUCUUAAAUCACUUGAGGUAAACACAUUAAAAAGAACGAGAAAAUACAACAUCUUAAUACUUUGAAGAACUAAAACUUAGGAAAAACAAAGCCCUAGCAUCUGCAAAGCUCAGAUCUGCUCAAAACUCUUUGCAUAUUUGUGCUACUUCAUUUGCUUAGUUGUAUAUAUUUCGAGGGCAAGAAAAGCUUAUACUCAUCACUAGAUUUUAAAUCCGUAUGUAAAAUCUUUUCAAAAUAUGUUGUUAACACUCUUAACAUAGAUUUUUAAAGUUAAGUGAAAUUUAUAGUUUUAACAACAGAGUAAUUAAAAUGUACUUUCACUAAGGUAGUUACUCAAAAUUAAGCACUUAAUAUUAGAGUAUGUUUAAAAGGUAAAUGAUUUAGGGGCGCCUGGGUGGCUCAGUCAUUUAAGCAUCUGACUUUGGCUCAGGUCACGA